AUGGCCACCGAAAACCUUGCGCCGCCGGCCUUGUCGCUACCUCCCAUAUCAGCCCCUUCUGUUCGACCGGACCGCGAUUCAUUAACAGCGCCGUCUCCGGCCGUGACUACACCUCUCGGCCCCGGUGCCCCGCCGGCCGCGCCCAUUCCUCCGCACCAACAGUACGAUCCGGCGCUAGAUCCCGCCAUCAAGCAAUUGCUAGACCAGCAGGCCGAGAUCCAGGCAAGGCUGGCUGCCCUGCUCCCUCAGAAGUAUGGCCCCAACGUCAAGCUCGAGCUCGAGAUGCUACACCACAAGCUUCGUGUGCUGCGCGCAUACGCCGAGGACAACCAAUUAUCCGGCAACAUCACUCCCCUGUCCGAGAUAGAGGAGGCAAGGGCACUGCAGUACCAGUGCGAGUGUAUCGAGAUGGCUUGUCUUGACCAAGGGAUCGACCUCCAGGACCCUCGGUUCCUCGAUGCACUGAAGUAUCAUUAUCACCGAGACCAAGCCCCAGAGGGAUAUGCUGCCUGGCUGGACCGGAAUUUCGCUCAGUACGACCCCGUCGCCCGGGCGUUGCGGUUGAAGGACAGCAUGCCCCUAGGCUUCCGCAAUAGCCACUCGUUCAAGUGCUGGGACGACCGAUGUAUGCACUACAUCUACGGUUACCCCCAUCGGGACGACCGGGACCAACAUUCCAAGGAACAUGUCGUUCCCCGAAAAAGAGAUUCAGGUCUCUCGGUCGGAGGUACGCCGCCCUUGUCGUUCACCGAGCAUCCGGGCCGAAACUACGGAGCCGACUACAGUAAACAAACGAGCUCGCCGCUGUAUCUCCCCCGCCCAAGCGCAAACUUCCAGCUCGCCCCUUUGGCAACGGGUAGUCAAGGCAGGGAUCACCGGGAAUCGCUAAGGAGCUACUCCUUUGUCCCUGAGUAUCCAGCCGGCCCUCGUGGCUCUGUUGACUCCGAGGUCGACCCGCUGUUACCGCCCUUGAAGCGCAGCCGCAUGGGGCAGGCUCGGUUGGAGUCCAUUGAGGAACUUCGCCUCCUUCGCGACAACGGACCAUGUUUGCGCUGUAGGGUCCUCCAAAAACCAGUGAGUGGGGAUUCUAGAUUUGCCCAGUGUUUUCCGGCUAACUCCUCCAAGUGCGAUUCCAAUGAUCCCUGUAGAUUCUGCCCUGACCCAACGACUUCCCCGGGCAACGACUUCUGGAAAUCUCUUGACUGCCUCCGAGGGCCGCUCACCGCUUUUGCCGAUAUCAUGUUGCCAGCUUCGAUGGGCCCCAGACACGCCCAGACCCCCAUGACUUCCCCCCUGGCUAUUCGCCGCAACAUGAACGAAUUCUUGGAUAGGGCCUUUGUCGUACCGCCGGAGAUUGCAAGAAUGGUCAAAACCCAUCUGGAUUUCGACGACGGGUUUUGGUGGACCGAGGACCUUGCCCACCUACCGCCCUCUAAUCCGACCCGAGCUGCCUUUCAUAAGGAUCCUAUCGAGAGACCGCCACCGAUCCUCAACGUGCUUGCAGCCAGUUGGAAUAUGAACCAGACCAUGUAUAGCUUCUGGCAGCUCCUGAAAGUAACAGGCGUGCUAUCCGAGACCCGAGACGCCGAACUCGCCAAGUACCCGGUAUUGUACCGCGCCAAACUGCUUCUCCGCGAAACGCUCUUUUACGACCUCCAGCAACCUGAUCCAGUCAUCCAUGCCGAACCCAACAGCUCAGCUUCCCAUGUCGUAUUCGACGACGCCGAUUCAUAUGGGCGCUUCUAUGUGCUCUACAACUGCAUGGUCCAGUUUUUGCAAUCCCUCGACAGCCAGAUGGCCCAGCCUAACCCACACGACCCGAAACACUGGCUGGCUAGCUUUAUCGCUCUUUGCAUCUUCAGCCUAGUGAAAACUAUCCUCGUCGAUAGAGCCGCCCACUUCCGUUUUAACCCGCCUUCUAUGCAUGCCGUCUACAAGGCGCUCGUCAGCGCCUUCGCCUGGUCCACGCCGAUGUUUCUGGAUGGGCAGGAUUUGGAGAUGGGGCACGGUGAUCGCGAGUUGCUCCUUUCGGUUGGCGUGUUCUUGGGGAGGAACGCUUGGGCUGAGCGCGGCAUCCCCUCAUCGAAGGAUUUCCUCAUGUUCCUUGGGAGCGGGGAAAUCGAGGGCGCCUACUAUAACGGAUUUAUUAAGCAGCGGUCGCCAGCGAGACAGGGAUCUAUUGUUCUCCCACCGAUCACCAAACCGAGCGAGGAGCCCAUCAGGAAACCCCUCCCUGACAUGCGCCCACUUAUCACUAGCUGGGCCCCUGCCGUCCAUGGUCAGCUAGACAGAGAGGUAUACGUUUUCAAAGGAGAACCAGACCGCAUGCUCGCUUCGCCGCAAACAAUGGAUCCGGGAAGGCGGCACACCGUCUCUGAGAGCCCGACCUUCAUGAGGCAGCCCGGCGGUGUGCUAACAUCACCAGUGGCCACGCCGAGAAUGCGAGCUUCUUACCAACGACCGCCACUGAGGAGAGUUUAUUGCACAAAGUGCAACGAGUACCCAGAGGGGUUUCGCGGCGAGCACGAGCUGAGGAGGCACAACGAUGCGAAGCACGCCGCCCUGGUAAAGAGGUGGGUGUGCACACAGCCGCCGGAUCCCCCAGGGUCGCCUCACCCCUUGAUACCACUGGCAAAAUGCAAAGCCUGUGUCACCCAGAAACGAUAUGGUGCCUAUUACAAUGCCGCCGCACACCUCAGGCGUGCCCACUUCAACCCCAACCGCGGCGGCAAGGCGAGUGGUGACUGGCCGCCCAUGUCGAUCCUAAAGGACUGGAUGCGUGAGGUGCGGCAGUCGAUCGACGUGCAAGAUCAAGACGAUGGGUCCAGCGGGGACGACGAAGCACAGGAUUACAAAACCGUCCACGACUUCAUCUCCCCGCCGCACCGGCGCUCCCCCGUCCUGGAAGCUCCGCGUCUUGCACCAGCGCCACCGGUACCUCAGCAGGCACAUGGCCCGCCACUAUUAGCACCUUCUCUCGACCGUCUCAACCCGGUUGGUCCCCCACCCAUCAUCAUCCAGAGCGCGCAGAGUGCAUUCUUGGCACCCACGCCAACGCUGAAGAGCGACGAUCCGCCGCAUACAUCGAGCUCCUCCUCGUCGUCCAUCCGCAGCCGCUGCCCGCAUCCCGAGUGCGGUCGCGUCUUCAAAGACCUCGCGGCCCACAUGCUGACGCACAUGGAAGAGCGGCCGGAGAAAUGCCCUAUCGAGACUUGCGAGUACCACAUUAAGGGAUUUGCACGCAAAUACGACAAGAAUCGGCAUGCACUGACACACUACAAGGGCACGAUGGUGUGUCCGUUCUGCCCGGGGGCCGGAACUGCAUAUGAAAAAGCGUUUAACCGCGCAGACGUGUUCAAGCGGCACUUGACGGCGGUGCAUAAUGUCGAGCAGACGCCACCCAACAGCAGAAAGAUGAUUCUGCCCGCAGGCCCUGGACGAGUCGGAGGGGUCGGCGCCAAGUGCAACAUCUGCCAAAGUCAAUUCGGGACCGCCCAGGAGUUCUACGAGCAUCUCGAUGAUUGCGUGCUGAAUGUUAUCGUUCCGUCGACGCCCAGGACGGCCGGCAGCGGGGGUGGCAGUGCCAUCACAAGAAAGGAUUCCGCGACGAGGACUCCAACGACGGCGAGCACUGAAAAAGGCAAAGAACUCGACAUGGAUAUAGAACCACCGCGUUCCCGAGAGCCCACACACCCGCGGGCCGACCAUGGGGACACCAGCAUGGAACAUGCCAAUGCUAUUAACCGCGCGACCAGCGGUGACGAGCACCGUAUACGCAAUAGGGCAUCUUUUGUGGGGGAUAAAGACCCCAUGCAAGUCGACCAAGAUCAGCAACAACCAAUGGAGCAGCGAUUCGAACCGCAGCCCCCAUCCCAAACCCCGUCCCAAACCCCGCCUUUCUCUUUUCCCCAACCGCAAGCAGAACGAACACAUAGCGAACGUGCCUCCGAACCCGAGCCGAAAAGCGAAAUUCAGGUCGCAAUCCCAGCUACCGCCCCUCCCGGCCAUGACGAGGAAGCGAUGGAGGUCGAGCGAUCCAGUAGCGCCGGCGCCAGCACAAGCCAGUCACAGCAAUCGGACCAGCCGCCCCCAAGCCAUGGAGCGAUCGAAGCGAAACACCAGAUGCUGCGCCCGGAGGUGACCCUCGGGUCGCCGGCGCCGGACGCUAUGGAUACGGAUUCGCAGUGA